AUGACUGGUUGUAUGGAAUGUGUGGACGGCUUUGAAUCGGUAGAUGGCAGUCCUUGUAAACCUUGUCCAAAUGAAUUUUAUGGCAAGGACUGUGCCUUCAAAUGCAACUGCAAAGACACCCAAUUAUGUGAUAAUAUAAUGGGAUGCAUCAUGAAACAACAGAAUAUGACAGAAGAAGUUGCAGAAUCUACAGUAACAGUGCAAUAUACAUCAACUAUGACAGAGAUAGACAUCGACAUUACUUCGCUCACUACAGUGUUACCGCCUACAUUCAAAGCUUCCAUGAUGACGUUUACAGAAAAAGAAACAACAUUUGUGAUUACUACAAGAAAAAUAAUAAGCAAAACUGCAAAGCCUACAGAAAACAACUCAGGAUUCAGCAACAGAGAAAUAAUUGUUUAUUCAAUUUGUGCCGGUGGGUUUGUUUGUGUCAUACUUCUUUGCACUGUGUGUCAGCGCCGGUAUAAACAGAUGUACGGCAACUUUAGACGGUACAAGACUGGGAAGAAAAGACGUAGAAAUAUACCAGAGGUAUCAAUACCGGACAUUCCAUUAGAAGCAAGUGAGGGAAUAUAUGAAAUAAUAGAUGAAUCGAAUAUGAUAGACAACUUUGAAAUCAUUAUAAAAAGAAGAAGCUUAGUUUCUAACAACGACGAAAGUUAUAUUGAGCCUAACAGUAACGGUUAUCUUACUCCUUACCAACCUGUUGAUGAAGGGCUGAAUACACAUGAUUUGAAGGACACUAAAUCAGAAUUUUCAGAGUUAAAGGGUUCAAAUGAUCAAGGCGCAGGUGAUGGCGCAUCAACUUCGUCAAGCUCGGAGGUAGAUGGAAGAAGAUCCAGUUAUCUAAAUCCAUACCAGCCAAUCGUUCAUUCAGGAGAUAUUCAUGAAUAUUCAUCUACUCAUAACAUGAAUGAAUCAGGUUCAUCAGGCUCAGAAGCAAUAACGCGUGAAUCUGGUUAUCUGAAUCCAUAUCAACCAAUCGUUCAUUCAGCAGAUAUUCAUGAAUAUUCAUCUACUAAUAACAUGAAUGAAUCUGGUUCGUCGGGUUCAGAAACAACAACGCCGGAAUCUGGUUAUUUGAAUCCAUAUCAACCAAUGGUUCCUGACAGGGACUUACAUGAUUACAAAUCUGUCCUCGAUUCUACAGUAGGGUCCGAUUCAGGAGUUUCAGACGAGUUUACCAAAGAAAUAUUUGUACAUUCUUAUCAAGAUCUUGAAUCAGAAAUUGAUACACAUGAGUAUAAAUCGGUCAGAAGUAUGUCAAUUGAUACAGUGACCAAAGACGAUUCUAGUAAAAAUGUCCAAAUCAAAACAGAAAACGAAUAUUUGCACAUGGAAUAA